GAUUGCGGAACCGGUUAAGUUAUGAGUCCACUUCCGGUUUGAUGACGGUGUCCUGUAUAAUUAACAUUUAGUCAGUACAUUUGUAAGUGUGAGCGUAUAACCCACAGAGUUGAGAGUCGUUUCUGGGGUAUACCAGUGAAAAACCUCCAAGAUGACUGAUUCCAAAUAUUUCACCACCACCAAAAAAGGUGAAAUAUUUGAGCUGAAGGCCGAGCUCAACUCCGACAAGAAGGAGAAGAAGAAGGAGGCAGUGAAGAAAGUCAUCGCCAGCAUGACGGUGGGCAAGGAUGUCAGUGCUCUGUUCCCGGAUGUUGUGAACUGUAUGCAGACCGACAACCUGGAGCUGAAGAAGCUGGUGUACCUGUACUUGAUGAACUACGCCAAGAGUCAGCCCGACAUGGCCAUCAUGGCCGUCAACACGUUCGUCAAGGACUGUGAAGACUCCAACCCUCUGAUCCGAGCCCUGGCUGUGCGGACUAUGGGGUGUAUCCGGGUGGACAAGAUCACGGAGUACCUGUGUGAGCCGCUGCGCAAGUGUCUGAAGGACGAGGACCCCUACGUGAGGAAGACCGCUGCAGUGUGCGUCGCCAAGCUCCAUGACAUCAACGCCCAGCUUGUGGAGGACCAGGGCUUCCUUGACCUCCUCCGCGACCUCCUCUCAGACUCCAACCCCAUGGUUGUAGCUAACGCUGUGGCAGCAAUCUCCGAGAUCCUGGAUGCCUCGCCCUCGGCUCAGCAGGUGCUUGAGAUGAACUCUGGCACCAUCAACAAGCUCCUCACAGCUCUCAACGAGUGCACAGAGUGGGGCCAGGUGUUUAUCCUGGAUUCUAUCUCCAACUACACACCCAAUGACGACAAGGAGGCCCAGAGUGUGUGUGAGCGAGUGUCUCCCCGCCUGGCUCACGCCAAUGCAGCUGUGGUUCUGUCAGCAGUCAAGGUCAUCAUGAAGUAUAUCGAGAUGCUGGACCCCAACAGUGACUACGUGACGCUGCUGGUGAAGAAGUUGUCCCCACCCCUGGUCACCCUCCUGUCUGCGGAGCCCGAGAUACAAUACGUCGCCCUCAGAAACAUCAACCUCAUUGUGCAGAAGAGGGGUGACAUCUUGAAGAAUGAGAUGAAGGUGUUCUUCGUCAAGUACAAUGACCCGAUCUACGUCAAGCUGGAGAAACUGGACAUCAUGAUCAGGCUGACAAACCAGGGCAACAUCGCGCAGGUCCUGGCAGAACUCAAGGAGUAUGCCACAGAGGUAGACGUGGACUUUGUGAGGAAGUCUGUGCGAGCCAUCGGGCGUUGUGCCAUCAAAGUGGAGCAGGCAGCUGAGCGCUGUGUGAGCACGCUCCUUGACCUCAUCCAGACAAAGGUCAACUACGUGGUGCAGGAGGCCAUCGUCGUUAUAAAGGAUAUUUUCCGUAAAUACCCCAACAAAUACGAGAGCAUCAUCGCCACACUCUGUGAAAACCUGGACACGCUGGACGAGCCUGAAGCAAGGGCGUCCAUGAUCUGGAUUAUUGGGGAGUAUGCUGAACGUAUUGACAAUGCUGAUGAGCUGCUGGAGAGCUUCCUCGAGGGAUUCCAGGAUGAAAAUGCACAGGUUCAGCUGCAGCUGUUGACAGCCAUUGUGAAGCUGUUCCUGAAGAGGCCAACAGACACCCAGGAAUUGGUGCAGCAGGUGCUCAGUCUGGCUACACAGGACAGUGACAACCCUGACCUGCGUGACCGUGGUUACAUCUACUGGCGACUGCUGUCCACGGACCCUGCCGCAGCCAAGGAGGUGGUUCUAGCUGAGAAGCCUCUCAUCUCUGAGGAAACCGACCUGAUUGAACCCACGCUCCUGGACGAGCUCAUCUGUCACAUCUCAUCUCUGGCUUCAGUCUAUCACAAGCCUCCCAACGCCUUUGUGGAGGGUCGUGGCGGGUACAGGCGCUCACUGCCACCUCGGUCACAGUCUGGUAAUCUGGGUGAGGAGGCGCCAGGCGACACAUCCAGCCAGCAGGCGGCAGCAGUCCCACAGGCGACAGUAAUCCCCGGAGCAGACUCCCUCAUCGGCGACCUCCUGGACAUGGACCUCGGCGGACCCACCCAGUACCAGCAGCAGCAACAACAGCAAAUGUUCACCACCCCAGCACAACCUGUGUCCACCUCUAACAUGGACUUCCUCGGGGAGGGCCUCGAUAGUCUGCUUGGUCCAAAUCUAGGUGGAGAUGCAUUAGGAGGUCUAGGAGAUAUAUUUGGUUCAGCUCAGUCACAGUGCUAUGUUCCACCACAAGAGGUGUGGUUAACUGCGGCCAAGGGGAAGGGGAUGGAGAUUACAGGUACAUACGCCAGACGCUCCGGGCAGAUAUACAUGGAGCUCACAUUCACCAACAAAGCCAUGCAGGCCAUGGCAGACUUUGCAGUACAGUUCAACAAAAAUAGUUUUGGUCUGAUGCAAUCCCAGCCACUUCAGAUCCAAAGCCCCCUUCCCCCCAACAGUACAGCGAGCACCUCCCUGCCGCUUAGUACUGCUGGCGCCGUGCAGAAGAUGGACCCCCUCAUGAAUCUACAGGUUGCCAUUAAGAACAACAUCAGCGUGUUUUACUUCAGCAGUGUUGUGCCUCUGCAUGUGUUGUUUGUGGAGGAUGGGGAGAUGGACAAGAAGGAGUUUCUUGCCACCUGGAAGGAGAUACCGUCCACCAACGAGGUCCAGUACACCAUCAAUAAUGUGCAGCACAACGCAGACACAGUGUCCCAGAAGCUGAGGAACAGCAACAUCUUCACCAUCGCAAAGCGGAACGUGGAGGGACAGGACAUGCUGUAUCAGUCUCUCAAACUCACCAACGGCAUCAAGGUGCUGGCUGAACUCAAGAUUCAACCCUGCAACCCUUCAUUCACGCUGUCACUCAAGUGCCGAGCCACAGACAUCUACAGCGGCGUACAGCAGUCCUACGAUGUCAUCCUUCACAACUAAGCGGACCCCGCCACGGGCUGUGGUGGUGUCACGGAGGGGUGCAGGAGACCGACGUCUGUGUGGUUGUUGUCGGCCACGGAGUCCGUGAUGACAUAGAUCUGAAUGUCAACAACCAUGAACUACUGCUUAGCAGCCUGUGUUUACAAGUGGUGUUAAUCUUUUAUGUUCAAUUUGUCAAUCUCAAGCCCCAAGUACCAAACAAACAUCAAAUCAGGUGACCGAAAUUUCACAUGGAGUUGCAACUUGCGCUUAAAAAUGAAUCUGAUUCAGGAAUAUGAUAACACAGUAUGCUUUUGCAAUCUGAAAUUCUUGACAACGUAAAUUCGGCUUGCACUAUUUUCAAUACACCAAUGGGUACACAUUAUGCGAUGUGCAUUAAUCACAUCCAAAACUCCAAAAUGACAAAUAAUUGAUAAUUUUGAGGAACAACUUGGCUCCCCUAAAAAAGGCCUGAGUUUUGACAGACAUAUUAUUUGCUAGAUACUUGCAAUGUGGAACAUCCUGAUCAGUGGAUGUUCUGCCAGUUGUCACAGCCAUAGUUAAUCACAAUGUCUAGUAAAUCAACAUUCCAGAGGGAGGGAAUUAUCACAGUAAGCUUAUUGAUUGUUGUUGUUUAAGAAAAACUUGGAUUACAAAUCUGGGUCAAGAUGAAAACUCCCUUAGUCUGUUUAGGUCACUGUGAGCCUGCAUUAACUAUUUAUGUUACUCAUUACUGUACAUACAUGAAAUAAAUGAUACAAUAUACA